AUGGUUGUGGUGGUGGCCUUCCUGCGGAAAAGGCAAAUUCAAGUGUACCCAUACCUCAAUGACUGGCUACUGACAGGUCGUUCCAAGGACAAGUACGUCUAUGUCCACUUUGAGAAGUGCACCAGUUACGGGAUCCCGUCGGAGGCAGGGCGCGAGGCCAGGGGGACGGGGGAUGACCUGCACUACCUGGAGAACUCCCUCAGCCAUCCGCAGCUCUAUGGGCAGUACACAGACCAGCUCUCUGACUUCGCACAGAAGGAAGCGGCAAAACUACUGAGUGAGAAAGAGACCCAAGGGAACAGCCAGAGCCCCCAGAAACGGGACAGCCAGCCAGAGGUCAAAGAGGAGCGGUACUCCAAACGCCAAGACUGUGCUAGACACAUUCAGAAAUAUGUUACCAAGAAGCUUGGAGAAGACUGGAUAUUCCUGGUUCUGUUGGGUCUGGUCAUGGCGCUGGUGAGCUGGGGAAUGGAUUAUGCCAGCGCCAAGAGCCUGCAGGCUUACAAGUGGAUGUACAAGGAGCUGCACCCGAGUGUCCCUAUGCAGUACCUGGCCUGGGUCACCUACCCCCUCAUCCUCAUCCUCUUUGCCGCUGUCUUUUGCCACCUCGUCUCCCCACAGGCUGUUGGGUCUGGGAUUCCUGAGCUGAAGACAAUCAUGCGGGGAGUGGUCCUCAAGGAAUACCUCACACUCAAAGCUUUUGUGGCCAAAGUUGUAGGCCUGACAGCUGGGCUGGGGAGUGGCAUGCCUAUAGGGAAAGAGGGUCCCUUCGUGCACAUUGCCAGCAUCUGCGCUGCUGUGCUCAGCAAGUUCAUGUCAAUCUUCUGUGGUGUGUAUGAGCAGCCGUAUUAUUACACUGAUGUCCUGACUGUGGGCUGUGCUGUGGGGGUUGGCUGCUGCUUCGGGACACCACUUGGAGGGGUGCUCUUCAGCAUUGAGGUCACUUCCACCUACUUUGCCGUGCGCAAUUACUGGCGUGGUUUCUUUGCAGCCACGUUCAGUGCUUUCAUCUUCCGAGUGCUCGCCGUGUGGAACAAGGAUGCAGUCACCAUCACGGCCCUGUUCAGAACUAACUUUCGACUGGAUUUCCCCUUUGAUCUGCAGGAGCUGCCAGCCUUUGCUGUGAUAGGGAUCUGUUGUGGGUUCCUUGGAGCCUUUUUCGUUUACCUCAAUCGCCAGGUGGUUCUGUGUGUCCGACGGCAUACGGCUCUGAGCCAAUUUCUCACCAAAUACCGCCUUGUAUACCCAGGAGUUAUAACCUUCCUUAUAGCAACGGUGACCUUCCCGCCGGGGUUCGGGCAGUUCAUGGCUGGAGAGUUGAUGCCCAGGGAAGCCAUCAGCUCCCUGUUUGAUAAUUACACCUGGGCAAAGCACAUGGGGGACCCACAAAUCCUAGGGAAAUCUGCCAUCUGGAUCCACCCCAAAGUCAGUGUCUUCGUCAUCAUCCUGCUCUUUUUUGUCAUGAAGUUCUGGAUGUCUGUUGUCGCCACUACCAUGCCGAUACCCUGUGGAGGCUUCAUGCCUGUUUUUGUACUGGGGGCUGCAUUUGGCCGUCUCGUUGGUGAAAUUAUGGCAUCACUCUUCCCUGAUGGGAUCCUCUUUGAUGGCAUUGUUUACAAAAUCUUACCUGGAGGAUACGCCGUCAUUGGUGCAGCAGCCCUGACAGGAGCAGUGAGCCACACCGUCUCCACAGCAGUGAUCUGCUUUGAGUUGACGGGUCAGAUCUCGCACAUCCUGCCCAUGAUGGUUGCUGUCAUCCUCGCCAACAUGGUGGCUCAGAGUUUGCAGCCCAGUCUCUAUGACAGCAUCAUCCAGAUGAAGAAGCUGCCUUACCUGCCCGACCUGGGCUGGAAUUACAUAAGCAAAUACAAUAUCUUUGUUGAGGAUAUUAUGGUCUGUGAUGUGAAAUUCAUCUCCUCUACUUGUACAUACCAGGACCUGCAGACCCUGCUUCAGAGCACAACUGUCAAGACCUUGCCUCUAGUGGAUUCACCAGAGUCCAUGAUCCUGCUGGGCUCAGUGGAGCGGUCAGAGCUGCAGGCCCUUCUCCAGAGGCAUAUUGGCCAGGAGCGGCGCCUGCGCAUCAUCAAGGAGAUGGAGCAGAAGCUGGCUGAGGCACCCUAUGAUGGGCACAGCAAAGGCCAGUGGGCAGCCAUGUCCAGUUGGAAGCGCGAAUCUUUUGCUUUCGUGGAUGAGGAUGAAGAUGAAGAGGAGAAGGCUGAGCCACCUCAGCAACCUUCUCCUGCUCCGAGUCACCCUGAGGAACCCAAUGGCCCAGUGGCUCCUCAUAAACCAAUGCCAGAAACACCGGGAUCCCAGGAAACCCCAGCCAGGAGUUUCUGGAGCUUGAGGCAUCUGAUCCAGCAGCUUUUGUGCCAUUACAACCGGCCACCAGAGAUGGAGAGCGUUGCCCAGCAGGAAGAGAGGGACACUGAGUAUAAUGGCGACUUUCUGGGCUUAGGGAUGAGUGGGCGGAGGGAGGGGGCAGGGAGGUUAGUUGCUGGAAAGUGGGCGAUACAGCUGAGAUUAGGAAUAAGGGGUUCUUGCACUCCAGGAUUUUGCUGUGGAGUUAGGGCUGUGUCCUCCUUCGCUGACCGUGGCUCUGUUUUCUGUUCUCUCCAGGAGUCUGUAGAGGUUAUAGAUACAAUGAAGCCAGAGGAGAUAGAUGCAUGGGAGCAGGACGAGCUGAAUAAGGAAGUGUGCUUUGACAGCUGCCGCAUAGACCCCUCCCCUUUUCAGCUAGUGGAGAGGACUUCCCUGCACAAGACACACACCUUGUUCUCCUUGCUGGGCCUCAGCCAUGCCUAUGUGACCAGUAAGGGGAAGCUGAAGGGAGUGCUGGCUUUGGAAGAGCUCCAGAAGGCAAUUGAGGGCUCCACACGCUCUGGUGUCCACCUCCGUCCACCCCUCGCCAGCUUCCGAGACAUCAAUCGGACCUCGGUCAGCAAUGAGCAGAGUAGCCAGGUUCCACAGGUGUGGAGGCGGCAGGACAGCUGUGUGGUGCCUGUGAGAAGAGGUGCAAACUCAGGGAUGGGGAGCCCACUGCCCUCCAGUUCCCCUUCUCCACAGCCCCCGCCCUUCCCUGAGGAGGGGAAGGGGCUGCACUCUGUCUCAGCUGCUGAUGCUGAGCUGGAGGAAAUGGAGCUGUCUGGCCCCGCUCCUGAGAACAUCUCAGACAUCCUCAAGGACCUGAGCCUGCGCUCCACGGACCUGGAGGAGGACGAUGAAGAGGAUGUGCCCCUAUAA